AAUUUACAAGAAAUAAUAUUGAUAUUAAUGCUGCAGGGCCAGAGUAUGAUUGUUAAAUCUAAUCAUGGAACCAAAUAGCCAUUCAACAGGUGUUCGUGUGUAUAUGUUUGUAGAUGAGCAUGUCGAAAACAAAAACGGAUCUCUCCCAUGGUGGCACAAGUUUUGCUUGCGAUGUCAUCAAGCUGACCCAACGCCAUCACGAGAACCGACAUGGUGGGGAAAAGUUUUUCCUUUCCCAUUAUUUCCAACAUUCAGACAAUCAGCUCAACAAUUAUGUAUCAUUGUUUUUUUUUUCCUUACCUGGGGCAUAUUGUACGCUGAAUUAGGAGAACCUUUAAGUUUAAAUGGAGAACUAUUGAGUAUGACAAUACUAGUCAUUUCUGCGUACUUAAUUGGCUGGAUUUGGCUAAAAGUUACAACUUUACCAGCAUUGAUAGGCAUGUUACUUACUGGCAUAUUGUUUCAAAAUUUACAUUUAGUGCACAUGACAGAAACAUAUCGAAAACUGAACCAAGAUUUAAGGAAAGUUGCCUUAGUUAUUAUAUUGAUGAGAGCUGGAUUAGGUCUUGAUGCUGGCGUCUUGAAAAAACACUACGUUGCUGUUUUACAACUUGGACUGCUUCCUUGGUUGGUUGAGUGCAUAGCUAUCAGUAUCACAUCGCAUUAUUUGUUGAACUUACCAUGGAUUUGGGGGUUUCUUUUGGGUUCCAUGAUCGCAUCAGUCUCACCAGCUGUAGUUGUUCCCUGUUUGUUCAGACUAAAAGAUGAAGGUUAUGGUGUUGCUAAAGGAAUACCAACGCUGUUAUUAGCUGCGGCUGCUAUAGACGACUCCGUGAGCGUUGCUGUAUUCGCCAUUAUUUUGAAUGCAAUGUUUUCAACCGGCUCGGUUACAUUUAAUAUAAUAAAGGGUCCACUAUCAAUCAUUGCUGGCGUGGUUCUUGGUUCACUAUGGGGUGCUUUUACAUCUCUUAUACCCGAAAAAGGAGAUAUAUACGCUGUUCCACUUAGAUUUUUAAUGCUAUUUUUGGGUGGCCUAUUUUCACUAUUUAUUUCAAAUUUAAUAGGAUGGAGCGGUGCAGGUCCAUUGGCAAUAGUAUCCUCCGGUUUUGUUGCUGCCUUUUACUGGGAAAAAGAAGGUUGGGCGGUAAACAAAAAUCCCGUCAGUAAUCUUUUUAGAAUACUAUGGAUAUUCUUUGAACCAAUAUUAUUCGCUUUUACUGGAGCACAAAUCACGCUAAGUGCUUUAGAUCCUCAAGUUAUAACCAUGGGAGCGAUAUGUUUGGCUUCAUGUCUCGUUUUACGAGUUAUCGCAACAUUUUUAGUCAGUUUUGGAUGCGGUCUCAAUAGUAAGGAGAAACUUUUCAUUGGUCUCACUUGGUUGGCAAAAGCUACUGUUCAGGCAGCAUUAGGACCAGCAGCAUUGGAUUUAGUUAUUAACGGACAGUCAGCUGGUGGAUCUAAAGAAGAUGAAGAGGCAUACGCUAAGGCAAUCCUCGCCGUGAGUGUACUAAGCGUAGUGAUUUCUGCACCAUUGGGAGCGAUCCUUAUAGCUUUAACAGGACCUCGUCUUCUUAGCCGUGGUGCAUCAUCAACUUGUGGAGCAGAUGAAAUUCAAAAUGCAACAGAUACGAACACUGUUUUAUGAUAUUAUUAAAGUUAAUGAAGUACUUAAGAUAUCACAAAAAUGUACUUAGGAUAAUGUAUACCUACUUUACUUAAAUGUCUGAUUUUUUAAUUUAUUGAUAAAUAGUGCUGAGAUUUUAAAAAGAGAA